AUGUUCUAUAAUGGUUUUAAUAUUAUUAAUAUAGGUACUCCUGUAUUCAUGGCCCCGGAACUCUUAGUUGACGAAUUGCGACUGAAAAAUGCCUCUUUAAGCGACCUAAAAAGAGCUGACAUAUGGGCAUAUGGCAUGGUUGUAUUUAUUGUCAUAAAUCCUGGGUUAAAGUAUCCAUAUGAACAAAAUAUCAAAAGUUGUAAAUCCGUUGAUGGUAACCCGCUAAACAUGUUGACAAAGUUUGUUAGAGAGAACAAGAAACCUGAAGGUCAAGAGAAAUACGCAACACGUCAUCAACAAGAUUGGGCCGGGCUCCACAGGGUGUUUGAUGUAUGUUCGGAAUUCGACCCACUUCUGCGACCUUCCAUCAUAGAGGUUACAAAAAUGCUUCUCAUCGAAAACCGCUCGAUACGCUCUGGUUCCAGGUUAGACGAAAUGCCGGAUAAAGCUGUUGCAGAAAUCCACUUGAGGGUCAGUCAGGCGACAUUUCAAGAGAACACUGACCACCAGAUACAAGAAGAUCCAGAAUGGAGAAUAAACGAGGUCCAAAACCGAGAAGAGUUUGUUUACUGUGACAUACCAGAUGAUGGAACCAACGCAUGUGCUUUUCUUACCAUUAUGACAGCUCACAAAAUCAUAAACGAUGCGGAGGAUCUGUCAUGGGAAGACAUGGCUGAAAUGGCAGAACUUGUACUGGUCACUUUUCCUCGAGUUCUUAACCGCUUUCGCGACAUUUCAUCGCACUACGAUGUGUUGGAGGCUUACAAACUGCUGAAGGCGAACAACUGCCUUCCGGACAUCUACCAGUUCACCGAAGAGCUACCAUACUCUCAUGCUGCGCUAUCUGAAAUGGGACAGACAGUGUUAUUCGACGCAGUAAAAGCUAUGGCCUCCCAGGACCUACAUAUUGGGUUAUACACUUGUGAGCCACUUAUGCUACUCAUUGGUUCUUACAAGUCAAGCAUUUUCAUCCUUGAUACCCAUCCUGUUCCUGUUUCAGUUGGGGGUCACUCAACCGGUAUUUUGAAGAUUUUCAGUGGAUCGGCGAUAGAAGUUUCCGAGGCAUGUUGCACCUGGUUGAAACAGCGGAUUCAGUCGUGUGGAAGAUGCAACGAGAAUCCACAAUCGCUUGCUAUGAUAGAAAAGGAAUCUAUAAACAGGUUUAAUAGUUUCCCUUAUUUGUAUACAGUAUAUAUGGAACAUAACUGUUAAUUUGCUUAGUAUUGUUAGAAAUGUAUAACCUCUAAGUCAUUUUUGUUUAUAUGUCCUCCGCGUAUAUUUGCAGCGCCUACAGCAAUUUAACAGAUGUGACCAGUUCAUCGCGUCAUUAUACAGGCCAAAGCUUGCAUGAAGAAGCAAAUGAAACGCCGAUGCCCUGGCAAGAAACGGUAACGCAUGCAUAUACAAUUGUCCAUUCUAUAAUUUGCCAUAUUUAAAGGCCCGUUCGAAGGAUCGGAGGCCAACAUCAUACCGUUCUGAAAUUAUCGAAAAUUGUUGAAUGCAACUUGUUCCCUUCGUUUGAACACAUGUUAUACACUUACGGCUAGCUGAUAUUAACUGAUGUUGGAUCCGGUUUGACUAUGUUUAAAUUUCCAUCCAACAGUGUGCAAUAUCGUUGGACACUAUUGGACCAACGAUGUUGGACUCGUUUGAACGUGUAUCUAUUAUUGUGUGGUUCCUAUACAUGCCUGUACUAUGUUUAUUGUGAACGUAUAAGCAGUAUAUGUAAUCGUUUUUUUGUAGAGCAUUCCUUCUGACUGUGAUAUAGAUGAACAUGCUAAUGAAAACGUGCCAUCUAAUUUCAUCAAGUAAGAGUUUUUUUUGUUCAAACUGUUAGUUCAAUAGACUGAAUAUAUAUAUAUAUAUAUAUAUAUAUAUAUAUAUAUAUAUAUAUAUAUAUAUAUAUAUAUAUAUAUAUAUAUAUAUAUAUAUAUAUAUAUAUUCAUACUAUAAUACUAUAGUACUAUAGCAAAUGCUACGGGCUCUUUUUAAACAGGUGAAUCAGUGGCUUUUUUUUAAUAGAAAGUAAACAAAUAAGCCCUUCUUUGUGUCUGUUUCAGCACUAGCUCUCACACAGAUGAUGACACAACAAAACUUUCAGAAGAAUCGUCAAACAGCGUCCUUGCCGAACCAUCACGACAGUCGCUCAAAAGAAAAGAUGUCAGUAUACACACGCACAAGCGAUUAAUAAAUAAGCGUAACUACAAAUACCAAUUGGGCUUUACGGUAUAAUGAUAUAAACCUAACUUGUACAAAUCCUAUUAAUUAGGUUAUCACUAUAUCCGAUGACGAUGAUUUUCAAUCUGAGCCACCAAUACGAACAAACAAAAUGUAAGCGGAAUUUUAUAUGAAACGUAUACGCUUGCAUGGUAUGGUAAAUAAUAGAAUUGCUACGUACAUGCAAGUCGACUCAUUUUAUUUAGCUCGGGUUUAACUCAAAUUUCUUAAAAUGCGGAUUUCGGCGACCAGGGGUUCAAGCUCCCCCACUCGUUUUAUUCGCUUACUCGUUAUAUACAGCUAUUUCAAAUACGAAUAAAAUAAAAGUCGAAUACGAGCGCGAAAGGCUUGAUGGGAAUCGCUAAAAAAUUAAUGAUUUUGUUAGCGAUUCCCAGCAAGCUUUUCGCGCUCGUAUUCGACUUUUCCGCUUUAAUUGCUUGGGUUCGACUUUUCCGCUUUAAUUGCUUGGGGAAUAUUAUAUAUAUAUAAUAAUAAUAAUAAUAUAUAUAUAAUAUAUAUAUAAUAAUAAUAAUAUAUAAUAUAUAUAUAAUAUAUAUAUAUAUAUAUAUAUAUAUAUAUAAUAAUAAUAAUAUAUAUAUAUAUAUAUAUAUAUAUAUAUAUAUAUAUAUAUAUAUAUAUAUAUAUAUAUAUAUAUAUAUAUAUAUAUAUAUUACAUAUAUAUAUAUUCUACAUAUAUUUUUCAGUUAAUGUGAAUCUUACAUGUCAAAAGAUUGCAUACUAGUUUCUAUUUUUAUCAAUAUACAGGGAGAAGUUAAACGCCAGCAGCGAGGAAAGUUCAGAUGAAAGUGAAUAUUCGUUGUCUAUGAAGAGGUCUGAUUAUCUUUGCAUUCCAUUUGUCUUGCAUUUUAUAGUAUAUUAAGUCAUAUUGUCAUUGUUACAACAUUAAAUUUUUAAUCUUAUCAGUUGUCACUUGUCGCAAUAGCAUGAACUUCAAGACAAAUUGCAUAUCGAAUCUAGCGUUGCAUGCCAUAUGAUCAACUACACUUAUCGCAAGUAUCUAGAUCAAUAGCUCCACAUUUCAGCUUCGCCAUGCAGCUUGCGUGUAUUGAUGCGCAAACUCCUAUAGCGUAUCCCUGAGCGUAUAUAUAAGAAAUCCGACUUUUCGAGCUAUUAGUAUUAAUGCCCUUCGUCGAAGAGUUAGUCGGAAGUUGCAAGAUAAAAAAAAAAAUAACCGGCUACAUAGUUCUACUAUAUAUAAAACACGUGUUGAAAAGCUACAACAUAAAAUUGUUUAAACUUAUCUGCAGCUAACUGAACAGAAACGUUAACCUAUUUUAUUUUUAUAGGUUACCUGGUCAGUAUUACAACGACGACGCAGCUACUCCUGUAUACGAGUGGACCUCUGUUGUCAAAACAUCGCAUGAGAUAUUAAUUGCACUAUUAAAACCCUUAGAGAUAUCACGAACGUGUACUCGUGUUCCAAGAUUGGUAUCGCAUAAUGCGUGUUUCCUCUUGGAUACUACAUCAUUAGACAAUAAUCUUGACUGGAAAUGCGACGAUAUGGGGUCUUGGAGAAACAAUGGCGUACGACGACACCAGUUAGCAAUUCACGAUAUAGAAUUGCUGAGAAAAUGCGCAAAAAAGAAUAGAGUAUAUACCCUGAAGAGAAUGUAUUUCAAAAAUACGUCGUCGCCUGACCUAAAGAAAUAUGCAUCGUUUGUAGAAGGUAUAAUUUUUUUGGAAUUACCCAUCCCAAUCAAAUGACACAAAUAAAAAAGCCGCAAUGCUACCAUGUAUAUACUUAUUAGGCUUUGCAAAAGUUGCUAUAAAGAGGCCAAGGGGCAAGGACUUGAAUGCGGGGUUCUAAAUAACGUUCAGAUAAUAUCCCUAUAAUUCUGUAGGUUUGUUUUUGAGGUCAUAUUUCGCUGUAUAUAAUAUAUAUAUAUAUAUAUAUAUAUAUAUAUAUAUAUAUAUAUAUAUAUAUAUAUAUUUCCAGUCUUAAAUCCGUCUGACCGUGUAGCUCAGUUGGUAGAGCGUCGAUCUAAUAAUUCGAAGGUCGCGGGUUCAAGACCCAGCCGCGGCAGACAACAUCUUUCUGCUUGCGCUGGGUAUGGAAAUUAUAUAAUACACACUCUAGAACAUUUUCAUCUUUAUAUAUAUAUAUAUAUAUAUAUAUAUAUAUAUAUAUAUAUAUAUAUAUAUAUAUAUAUAUAUAUAUAUAUAUAUAUAUAUAUAUAUAUACAGCGAAACGCGUGCACCACUACAACAAUACAACGAUAAAAGGAUCUGGACUUUCCGCAACUGAACUGCAUGCAGGUUGAUGGGCAUAGGAAAAACACAACUCAAAGUCAUGACAAUAUUUAAGACAGUAUAUAUAACUGCAAAUAUAUGUACGUGUUAUAUACGUCCUGAUGUUAUUGCAAGCGAGUGAAUUUUGUAUUUAUUUAGUCACAAUCAAUUUCGCAUAUCCCAAAAUCUUUUGAGUUACGGCUUACGCUUUCAAAUCAGUAAAAAUAUGCACCGGCAAGAUCCUAAAACUGCCGACUAUCGCCGGCAGCUAUUUCAAACCCUGUGAAUGUUUCAUGUUUUCAUGAGAGGAUCAGUUCUGCGUAACAAUUAUCUAAUCCCUAGGGUGUUUUACUUUGUAUUAUAAAUUGUCAUAUAUUGUUACUGACGUUAAAGUUGAAUCUAAUUUUCCCAUCUCAUUACUUACAGAAUAUCCAAAUAUGAUUUUCCUUCAGUACCUGUUUGAUGGCGACGAGCACGUUGUAGAACCAUCAGUUCACGGUAAUUCCACAAAGUCCAGUAGCAGUGCGUACAUAAGGACCAAAGAAAGCACAAAAGCAAUGCUUGAGGAAGUAUCAUCUGAUCAUAAACCCAAAAGUGCGUAUCACACUGUCCAAAAGGAAAAAGGAGGGGUGCGACAUGCGAAUGCUGCGAGUGAUCUUCCCCGAAAUGUAGCACAAGCGAAGUAUUUGAGGCGUCAUAGUGAUAGGAGCAUGAUGCAUAUCGACUCUCUUGUUAUUCUGCUCGAGCAGUGUAAGAGACAGCAACUGCAACGCGAUGAGACUCCUUUCAUAAGGGAGGUAACUGGUGCACCGGAAAUGCGUUGUAUUCUGGCGUAUGAUUGGCAAUUAUCCGAUCUUGUCAAAUAUUGUUCGGAUCCUAAGAACUUCUGCGUCCUUGGGGCGGACCCAACAUUCAAUCUGGGGCGUUUUAACGUGACGGUGACAACGUAUAGAAAUCUAAAAGUGGUGGCAAGAGUGGGAGGUCACCAUCCAAUCAUGCUUGGUCCCUUACUUCUUAGCCAAAGUAAAUUAUUCGAUGCGUAUAAUCAAUUCUUUUCGAAG